CGCUCCGAGGCAGAGCAAGCAGGGACGGCUGCAGCGAAGGGCCAGCGAACAGAGGAGCCUCAGGGGACGGAGGGGAGGAAGGAGGGAGGCGUUUCGCUGCAGGAGCAACGAAAACGAGAGAGAGAGACGCGCGCUUCUUGGAGCCGUCGGAGGAAGUGCUGCUAGGUUUUGAUCGCAGAAACUCUUCUCCCGCUUCUCACAAAGUCGAGCAAGAAGAAGGGCUCCGAGCCGGGCGCGACCGCCUUGCUCUGGCCGAGAUCUCUAGGGGCUCAACUCCAGACAUUCUAAUCCCCGCUGCGGACUCUCUGAGCCAGCGGGCACGAUGGAUCCUCAGGAUGGCCAAGCGCUUUCUGCUUUCUUCCUCGUUAUCAUAGCGGCAGAUCCAAGAUUUUCCUAACCUUCUGGAUUCCAAAUGGACUACUACACCUAGCAUUACUAGGCUGCUAACUGAAUCAUUACCACUACACAGGGGAGAAGUAACUCAAUUUUUCAGCUACUACCUCUUUUAAAGAGGUUGAGGAGACUGAUUUUCAGCCAGAGUGACUUAGGUUGCAAUCCAGUACAUGUCUACUCAGAAGUAAGCUCCAUUGGGUUCAGUGUCACUUACUCCCAGGCUUAAAUAUCUCCUGUGCCUCUUCAACUAGUGUACCUACUCCCUCAAACAUAGCUACCUCAGGAACAACAGAACCCAGCGAUCAAGCUGCCCCAUCAAGCAGCAGCAUGCAUUUGGCCACCGUGCCAGUAGCUGCAACCCAGAUGGUUCUGUCCCUCAGGGCCACAUUGAGAUUUACAACACAGGAUAGCACCACCACAUCUGCCACCACUAUUCCAACAGUGGAAACUCUGACUACAACCCCACUUUCAAAAAUAACCCCCACGAAUAGUUCGCAGACUGGUUUACCACCACAGGCAAAUGAUGGAUUACAAAUCAAAAACGACACAUUGGCGACGUCAGUUGCCAGCCCAACAACAGUCACCGUUCCCCACUCAGAAAGCCCAGAAGCCACCUCUUCGCAUCCAAUAAAUGGAUCAUCCACCAUGAUUGCUUCUACUGAUACUACAUACCUAAGCAUUGCUGGCAUUACCCAGUUGUCAAGUACAGAAACAUCAGCAGUAAUUGUGUCCACAAGCAAAAAACCCCCUACCCAAGAGGCAACAUCUGGAGCGACACCUGGAGCAUCAACCUUCCCAGGAUCUGUGAAAGGAGUUACAUUUUCACAAGUGACUCUGUCAAGUAAAGCUCCGCGAGAGACCUCUCCUCCUGGCAGUACCACAUUCUCUUCAGGAGUAACCAUCCAAGAAGUUCAGCGUGGGUUGAGUUCAGCUCUCUUGAGGCAAGGACAAUGUGGAAGCAUCGCAGCUAUUACUAUAACAGUGAUUGCAGUGGUUCUGUUGGUGUUUGGAAUAGCAGCAUUCCUGAAGAUCAGACAUUCUUCAUAUGGAAGACUCUUGGACGAUCAUGACUAUGGAUCCUGGGGAAACUACAACAACCCUCUCUAUGACGACUCUUAAAUUGAAGAGUGUUAAAGCCAAAAACUGCUCUAGUAUUUAUGAAGCACUUAUUUCACUAAAAGUGCCAUGGCCUGAUA